CGGGCUCCGGCCGCUGGACCUCGCGGAGCAGCAGGGACACGGGGACUGUGCGCGCGUCCUGCGGGACCUGCGCCCGCCGGGCUGCCCAGCGUGGAGGACGGCGACGGUGACCGCGGGGGCCUGCGGAGCGGGCCUCACGGCCGCGGAGGUGACCCUUGAGCCUGCCGCACGGCCAGCCGGGCCUGAGCGUGGGGACAUGGGCCUGGGCCCCAGCCGGCGGGUUGCCAGCCCCACCGGGCCCCUGGAGGCUGCGGAUGAAGAGGGAGGCUCAGAGUCCCCGCGCCAGGACUGGGACAGCAGCUCCGACGACGACGAUGAAGUUCCCUUUGUCACUGCGGUGGAAGCUUCUGACUCGGAGGACACAGCCCUGGAGAGGAAUUCUGUCGGGGGCCCAUCACUGCCUCAGGCAGAACAGGGACCCAUGCGGGUGGCCCUGAGGCCUACAGGCCAGCCAGGGCCAUCAGGCAAGGAGGCUGAGCUCGGCGCCCGGCUGUGGGCCAUGACUCUGUCCCCGUCCUGGGCUACCUUCUUCCCUCCCCUCGUGGACCCAAGCACAGCCCACAGCAACCCCCAGAAGCCUGGCCUCUGCCCCCAGGCAGAUGAGCAGCGGCCCUUUGGCGGUGACAUGGCUGCCCUUUGGCUGACAGAGGACGAGGCCAGCGCCGCAGAGGACAGGGAACAUGUCCCCACUUGCAAGCUCCCGCCGGUGCCCACCGCUCCUGGCCUACAGCUGCGGCACAGGCUCCCGGCGCCUGGGCACCGUCGCUGCCCCACUGUUCCCUUCAGCCAGCCGCCCUGUGGCCCCCAACGGCAGGGAGAGGGCUGGGCCACGCCCGACUUUGCAAAGUACAGCCCAGAACUCGCCGAGGCCCUGCGGACGGGCUGCAUCCCGGACUCCCAGGCGGACGAGGACGCGCUGGCCCAGCAGUUCGAGCGGCCGGAUCCCUCGGAGAGGUGGCGGGAGGGCGUUGCCAAGUCCAGCUUCACGUAUCUGCUGCUGGACCCCAGGGAGACUCAGGACCUGCCCGCCCGAGCCUCCUCGCUGACCCCGGCCCAGUGUCUUCAGACCUUCGUCCACGCCAUCUUCUACGUGGGCAAGGGGACACGCACCCGGCCAGACGUCCACCUCUGGGAGGCCCUUGGCUACCGUGGGCGGCCAGGAAGACAGGCCUGCCCCAAGGUGCGCCGCAUCCUGGACAUCUGGGACAGUGGCCAUGGCGUGGUCUCCCUGCACUGCUUCCAGCAUGUGGUGGCUGUGGAGGCUUACACGCGGGAGGCCUGCCUUGUGGACGCCCUAGGAGUCCAGACGCUGACCAACCAGAAGCAAGGGCACUACUAUGGCGUGGUGGUGAACUGGCCCGCAGCUCGGCGGCGGCGCUUGGGGGUGCACCUGCUGCACCGUGCGCUGCUCAUCUUCCUGGCCGAGGGUGAGCGGGAGCUGCGGCCUGAGGACAUCCAGGCGCGAGGCUGAGCGCUGGAGUGGCCGUCCAGCCUGGACAGAUGUCAUGGUGUCUGCUCUCCCUGUGCUGAGAGCAAACCCCUCAGUGGCUGCAGAUGGCAGGCUCCAUGUACGUGUGUGUGUGUGUGUGUGUGUGUGUGUGUGCGCAUGUGUGUCAGCAGCCCCUGGGUAGAUCCCUUUCUGUCUCAGGGAGGCUCUGUGAACACAGUAACUGCUGGAGAGGGAGUGAACUCCCCAUCAUGGGAGGAAACCAAGGGGCAAACCAAAAGGUGCUUCGGAAUACUUUGGUGCUUUGGCAGUCUUUGGGGGUUGUCUUUCUUUUUCUGAGAUUGGGUCUUCCUAUGUACCCCAGGCUGGCCUUGAACUCACUUCGGCCCUCCUGCCUCAGCCUCUUGAGUAGUGGUAUUAUGGACCUACACCUCCAUGCCUGGCUUUUUGUGGACUGUUGUAGUCACCUUCCCCUGCUGGGACCAAAUACUUGGCACCCACAGCUAGAAGGAAGAGAGGUCUAUUUCGAUUCACGGGUUCAGUCCACGGCCAGCUGGCUCCAAGGCCGAAGCAGCACGGUGGGCGGGCCUGGCGGAGGACACUGCUCACCUCGCGGUGGUCAGGAGUCAGGAAGAGAGGGGAGGAGCCGGGGACAAGGAUGUGCCUUCCCGGUCACAUCCCAGUGGCCGCCUCCAGCCAGGCCCCGCCUCCUACAGCACUGUCAGCUGUGGACUCAUCCCUGGAGGAGCAGGGAGAUGAGCACUGCGCCCCACCAUCCCAUCCCCUGCCACACAGGCUUCUGGAGGACAGCUUAGCUCAUACCCGCAAUAUGGUCCGAGUCCCCUUUUUUUUUGAGGCUCUGAGCUAUGUAGCUCAGGCUGCCCUUGAUUCUCCUGCCUCAGCCUCCAAGCACUGGGAUUAUAGGAUUAUACUAACAUACCUGGCUCCAUCCACUUUUAUGUCCCAGACACAGGGUACCCACAGAUGGGCUGGCCAGGGUUUCUUUUGCUCCCCAUGGGGGGGCUCUGCCCUUCUCAGAGCCAGGCUCACUCCCUCGGGCUGAGGGGCCCUGCGCUAGUACUGUGUCUGCCUGGGCCUCAGUAUGUGCCACGGAUGGAGCUUCCUCCUGCUGGGAAUUCCCACAGGCAGCUGCAGGGGACUGGCUGGGCUCUGCACAGCGCUGCAGUAGUGGUGCAGGCCUGCUCUCUCGGCCCUGGGAGGCUGAGGCAGGAGGUUUGGGCAACCUAGUGAC